GAAAGGGGAUCUGUCAGCCCAGACACCAUCACCGGAGAGCGCAGGACCAAAACCAACAGGGAAGGCAAAGCAACAAGACCGGAGAGGGCUGCAGCAUCCAUCACGUUAUCACCGAGCUUCCCUGCACAAUAGAUUAAAGAACCAUGCGUGAAAUCGUGCACAUCCAGGCUGGCCAGUGCGGCAACCAGAUCGGUGCCAAGUUUUGGGAAGUUAUCAGUGAUGAACACGGUAUUGACCCUACCGGCAGUUACCAUGGAGACAGCGACUUGCAACUAGAAAGGAUCAAUGUGUAUUAUAACGAGGCCACUGGUAAUAAGUAUGUACCUCGUGCAAUCCUUGUGGAUCUGGAGCCAGGCACCAUGGACUCUGUCAGGUCAGGACCGUUUGGACAGAUAUUUAGACCUGACAAUUUUGUCUUUGGCCAGAGUGGAGCUGGGAACAACUGGGCGAAGGGUCAUUACACAGAAGGAGCGGAACUGGUGGAUUCAGUUUUAGAUGUUGUGAGGAAAGAAUCUGAAAGCUGUGACUGCCUGCAGGGUUUUCAAUUAACCCAUUCUCUUGGUGGUGGCACUGGGUCUGGUAUGGGCACACUGCUGAUAAGCAAGAUUAGAGAAGAAUACCCAGACAGAAUCAUGAAUACAUUCAGCGUGAUGCCUUCUCCGAAAGUGUCAGACACUGUAGUUGAACCAUACAAUGCAACGCUCUCUGUCCACCAGUUGGUGGAAAACACAGAUGAAACCUACUGCAUAGACAAUGAGGCGCUCUAUGAUAUCUGCUUCCGCACUUUAAAGCUAACCACGCCAACCUAUGGCGAUCUCAAUCACCUUGUCUCUGCAACAAUGAGCGGGGUAACAACCUGUCUCCGCUUCCCAGGCCAGCUGAAUGCAGAUUUGCGAAAAUUAGCUGUCAACAUGGUGCCUUUCCCAAGAUUGCACUUUUUCAUGCCUGGCUUUGCUCCUUUAACCAGUCGUGGCAGCCAGCAAUACCGUGCACUAACAGUGCCAGAACUAACGCAGCAAAUGUUCGACUCUAAGAACAUGAUGGCAGCAUGUGAUCCUCGCCAUGGGCGCUACCUCACCGUGGCUGCUAUCUUUAGAGGAAGAAUGUCCAUGAAAGAAGUUGAUGAGCAGAUGCUCAAUGUCCAGAAUAAGAACAGCAGCUAUUUUGUUGAAUGGAUCCCUAACAAUGUGAAGACUGCUGUGUGUGACAUCCCACCACGAGGCCUCAAAAUGUCUGCCACGUUUAUUGGCAACAGCACAGCCAUCCAAGAGCUAUUCAAGAGAAUUUCUGAGCAGUUUACAGCUAUGUUCCGCCGUAAAGCUUUCUUGCACUGGUAUACUGGUGAAGGCAUGGAUGAGAUGGAGUUCACUGAAGCUGAAAGCAACAUGAACGACUUGGUAUCGGAAUACCAGCAGUACCAAGAUGCCACAGCUGAUGAGCAAGGUGAAUUUGAAGAAGAAGAAGGAGAAGAUGAAGCUUGAUGACUUAACAAAGGAAAAUAUUUUUAGGAAAGAUAAAAAGGCACAGUUUUUACUUAGCCGGUACAUCAUCUUACAAGUGUGUUCAAGCAUGCUGCUGUUUUUUUUAUUUUUUCUGGUGUCAACAAUGACAGAAUCAUUUUUUUACCCUUUACAAUGUCAAAGUUACAGAUGCUGUUUUAGAACCUCUUCUAAUUUUGAAAAAAAAAAAUGCCCACAACUCUCUGUAGGAGGAUUGUAGAAGUGAUCUUUAAUGUUCUUAGAUGUUUUUUUUUCACUGGAUCAUAAAAAAGUAUUUGUGUGC